AUGGCGUAGUCGUGAGGGCGCGCGGGCGCCCACUCAGUGGUCGAGGGUUUGAUCCGCCCGGAGCGCGAUCUGUGAGGAAUCCACUCUCCGCUCGGCUCAGGACUUAGGCGCGCGGAGCGAACCGGGCGCGGACUUAGGCGCGCGGAGUGAGCCGGGCGCCCCGGCCCAGGACUUAGGCGCGCGAAGCGAGCCUGGGCCAUUGGCUCAGCCCCAGGCUCGCUGGCUGUGGACUUGGGGCGCGCGGGUCUCUUAUUGUUAGCUUCCUAUUCAUCACUCUUGGCUAUAACUACAUCGCUGACGUAGUAGAGUUGAUCGAAUAGGUAUGUUGAAAUGCAUUCAUCACUCUUGGCUAUAACUACAUCACUGACGUAGUAGAGUUGAUCGAAUAGGUUAUAAGCCCACGAGCUACCAGCCCCGCCGCUUGAGGCUUUUUCGCUCGAGCCCAGCCACUCGAGCCGCACACGUCCAUCGCACCAUCACAUCAUGGACAGCUCUCCCGCCUCGCCUUUGGCCCCAGGGAUCCCAGCUCCCCUGAAUCUUCGAUCGGCGAACAAAUCGCCACUCUACAGGCCCAGCUUGCCGCUCUGCAGGCCUCGCAACCCGCCGCCGCCGCAGCCGCCGCACCCCCGGCCGUCACCGUCGUGCCGGGGAACGCCGCCACCGCAUCCAAGGUCGUGUUUCCCAAGCACGCUCGUCUGGACGGCCCCAAGUCGUUCACCAACUGGUUGCGUCAACUCCGUCUUGCACUCCCGAACCAGGUUCGUGGUUACGUUCUCGACGGUGUCGUUCCCCCGACCUGGACCGCCGACCAGCUUGCCGCACGUGACGACGCCGCCCGGGAAAUCAUCGUUGGCUCUAUCGACUCCGCCGACGUAUCGGCCACCCUCGACGCCAUCCCCAGCGACGACCUGUCGGCACCGCGCAUCUUUGCCGCUCUCAAGGCUCGUUUUGCACCGGACGACGCUACACGCACUCUCGAGUUGUUCGCUCGCCUUUGGGACUUCAGGAAGAUGCCUGCCUCCGUCGAGGCCUACGACACUUGGCUACGCGAGUACAUGUCGAUUGCUCAGGAAAUACGCGACGCCAAAACAUCGCUCAACGACGUGCUCGCCACCCACGUGCUCGCCAUGGUCCCGUCUUGCCUCGACAGCUUCCGACUCACGUUCACGGACGAGCAGCGAAACCGACGCGACCUUCCCGAACUCACGACGCUUACGGACCGCAUUCGCAUCCAGCUUCGUUCGGCAGGACUCUCGACCUCGCAUUCGGCCAUGCUUGCCACCAGCUCCCCCUGCCCCGCCUGCCGCGCUCCCGGUCACCGCCUGCGCGACUGCACUUCACGUGCGAAGCACCCGCCCACCGGCCCCUGCCGCCGAUGCCACAAGAAAGGUCACUGGGCACUCGACUGCAAGAACCGGGGUGAACAGGCACGUAGCAGCGACGACACCCAGGACGACACGUCUUCCUCCGCGGCCUCGCAACCGAACGUCGGCUAUUUCGCCUCCUGCCUCUUCGCUCGUCGCCAACUCCCAACUGACGCCUUUGUAGUCGAUUCGGGUGCCACGACACACAUGGUCGCCGACCGAUCUCUAUUCACGACUUAUCGUCAGACGGCACACACCAAGAUCGGCGGCAUCGCGGGCGGCAUCACGGCUAUCGGCAUGGGGGACGUGGCAUUCGUCGCCAAGACUGGACACCCGAUCACGCUCCGUGGUGUUCUUCACACGCCUGGCCUACACGUCAACCUCCUCUCUGUCUCUCGCCUCUGCGACACCGACCGCGUUCGUCUCGCCUUCACCAGCGACGGCAUCGACAUCGCCAAGGACGGCCGGGCCAUUGCUUGUGAAGAGUCCACUCUCAGCUCGACAGGGGCGCCUCGGUCGUUGCGCGCGCCUGCUAGCCUGGCCCCUGUGGUGGGGACUUAG